AUGUCAUCUCCUUGGCACCCAAUUAAUGUGAGACAAGAGUCCAGCAUCCCUACCUAUGGACGACCCAUGCCAUUAAACACCAAGCUUCAGGACUGCUAUGUGGCCUCGCCGACAUCCAUGUGGGCCCCAGCACCAGGUGCCACCUCUUAUUGGGAAGUGGUAAAGCCAUAGAUUGCCUAUUUGUUCUCGCUGGCCAAAGUUGUGCUCAGACGACAACAGAAGGGUAAAUGCCACAGAUUAAUAAAAAAAGACUUGUUAGAGGCAGAGACACACAGAACAAGAAAGGCCAGCAGGCCAGCUACUGGGCACUCCAGAGCAGAGGGCCUGCAGGCCGUACCAGAGAGUGACGAUUCUGAGACACAAAUCCCUGAUUAUUCUGACCUCCCAAGUUUGAACUUCAUCUCUGCUUUCUUCUUGGCAUUGAGUAAAGAAAGUUCAAAGGAAAAAAAUAACAGCCAAGAUCUUGAGGAUAGAUACGCCAAAUAUGCAGCUGCUACCCAAGUGUUGUCCAGGGGCACUGGGAUGACAGCCUGGAAGUUGCUUCCUGAAACCCAAGAGGGACAGCAGUUGGAGGACAUGCCAACCAUCCAUAAUCAGGCUCUGCACCAUGCUGUGGUGGAGCCCACGCUGUGAGAUCCUUCUAAAACCAUGAGGUACAGACUGGAGCUAGGUAAAGCCUUUAUACAAAGGCUCCAAGAAGCUCAGCAGUCAGAUGCCACCAGGAGUGCAGAGAGGAACCUGGAACUGAGUGGGGAGUAUGGCUGCUGUCCCUGA